UGGGUCGGCCUAUAAGUGGAGGUGGAGCUGAGCGUGGAGAACGAGGAAGCGGAGCCUUUCUUGAACCCAUCAUGGCUUGAAGGUUUCUUGAAAGCCCGUGAGGUAGCUCAAUAUGGUGCCGGCGAACAACUGGAUCUCGUUCUCCUACUCUCCCAUGGAAAUGCUCCUGCGCCCUUGUAGCUAUGAUCAGAUCGGUCACUUCCAGUUCUUGCUCCAGGCGCCAAAGCUCGAGGACGUGCUCGGCGGGCAGCGAUCGUCACCGGCGAACCCGUGCUCCGACACCCUGACCAACGGCCAGGAUUCAUCGUCCCUCCGCGCGGUGCAUGAUCGUCCCCAGAACCCGAUCCCGCCGAACCCCAGCGAUCUAGGCACCCUGGCGCUCCCCGGCAACGUGGCGAUCUCGGAGGUGGACGACUCCGCUUCAGCGCCCGCGAACCAGUUCGGCGGCUUCUCGCCGGAGCUCGGAACGGAGUUCGCCAUGUCGGCCUUCCCACGGCCGGUUCCCCCGGCUUUGCCGGCGGCGGGAAGGUCCGGGGGAGCUGCGGCGAGGAAGGCGGCGGCGACGACGCCAGCGGCGGCGGUCGGGUCGUGCCAGAGGACGUCGGUCUACCGAGGGGUGACCAGGCACAGGUGGACGGGCCGGUAUGAGGCCCACUUGUGGGACAACACGUGCCGGCGCGAUGGGCAGAAGCGGAAGGGCAGGCAAGUGUACUUAGGUGGAUAUGACAAUGAAGAAAAAGCAGCAAGGGCCUAUGAUCUUGCAGCUUUGAAAUAUUGGGGUCCUACUGCUACUACAAACUUUCCGGUAAAAAUUUACAGCAGGGAAAUUGAGGAGAUGAAGGCCAUGUCCAAGCAAGAGUUUAUUGCAUCUCUAAGAAGAAAAAGCAGUGGUUUUUCUAGGGGAGCAUCUAUCUACAGAGGAGUGACAAGGCAUCACCAACAUGGGCGUUGGCAAGCAAGGAUAGGCCGUGUUGCAGGCAACAAAGAUCUCUACCUAGGAACAUUUUCCACGGAAGAAGAAGCUGCUGAGGCCUAUGAUGUUGCUGCAAUCAAGUUCAGAGGUGCCGGAGCUGUUACCAACUUUGAGCUUAGUCGAUAUGAUGUAGAUGCUAUUGCAAGUACAGACCUACCCAUUGGAGCAUCUGCAAGACGGAUCAAGCAAUCCCUUCAGGCCAGCAGCAACCAUCUCACUCUCAGCAGCUCAUCGAUCUCACAGCGGCCAACUCUCAUGCCAUCUUCUCUCCUUCACAACCUCUUGCAGCUUCCUGCUAGUUCUGGACUGCCCGGCUCCCUGACUUGCUCCAGUUUGGUGCCAACCGAGCCAGAUGCAUGCAGCCAGAGUAUGUGCUGGCUGGCUGCUGAUGAUCAAAAUAGCAACCAUAACAACCCACCAAUGGGUAGUGGUAUUCUCCAGCUGACACACCUUGCACCUUCCCAGGAGUCUUAACUCUUGAAUGUAGGUUGCUUGUGUGACCUUCUUGGUGGCUAAUAUUUUGACCUCAGAGUGGCUGAAUUUUUGUUGUGAAACUAAUAUCGACUUCCAUAGAUCACAUGCAGAAUUCUGUUCGGUAGAUGUUACUUUGUCUGUUUAUACUGGCAGCUUUCUAAUGGAAAAUUCUCGG